UUGCACGAUAUCAGUCGCUAUACCUUGUGAUUCACCGCAGUUAUGAGCCGCGCAAACUUCACCGAAUGUGGCGCCCGAUACAUGUCGGAUCCAAAACUGGUUGAACGAUACAGUUACAGAGGACCAGUCCGUCUGAACUCGCCGAAACCCCAGACCCAAAUCACACAUGAAGGAUGCUUGGCUCUUUGCGGUCGAGGUAACGAGUACUAUUCAUGGCCUGCAAUUGCUGCAACAGUAACCACAUGGAUUCUGCCUAUACUCGGCACGCUGCUGCAGGCGCCUUUUGAAAGUAAUGCGUUUUGGCGCACGAUCAAAGCGAUCAAUCGAUGGAUCGGAAGUCCCGUUUCCAGCCUGACAUUUAUUCUUUGGGAUAUUCAAAUCUCGGGAAAUUGUGCCUUGUUCGUUGACAUGGCCACCCCUUACGAAGCACCUAUUCCGAAUGAAGACAGCGAAUUCUCCAGUAUACGAGACUCUUUCUACAUACUGAUGAAUUUAAAUCAGUACAAGAUGAAACCAGUCAUCUCCAUGACAAGGGAGGCAGAGGGGCUGCUUCGAAUCGUACUGUUCAGCCAGGAUCUGAAGCUUGUCGGAACUCGCAAGACUCUCAGUCGACUUCGGAAAAAUCUUGCCCGUGAUCUAAGAAUCAACAGAAGAAGAGGUGUAGUUCCGGUUUUCAUUUCCACCUUGGCUUUUGUUGUUGCUUUGGGGCUCUCCAUUGAGGCAGCAUUCAGCGAAGUGGGAAGUAAUUUGCAAGCCCAUGCCCUUGCUCUGGGCCUUUUCUCCUGCUGGUUUCCGAUACUAAUACUUUGCUCCAUCCUGGAUCGUAAUCCCGUUGCUUCUGAUGACAUCCAGCGCAAACUGAACAAAAUGGUGGAUCUAGCCUGUCGAUCACUCCAGGAUACGCAAACCCGUAACAACUAUAUUUCAUCUUUCCGUGACCUACCACAAGCUCAGAAAAUGGGUUAUUGGGUCCAGAAAAUCGCAUCAAAGGCGCAGUACAUCGAAGGCGACUACUUUUGUGGCUUCGCGGGUCAGGCCAGAACCAGGUUCCAUUAUGGAGCGGCGCACGCUAUCCUCGUCGACAUCGAGAAAGCCUAUCUGGCUGAGCGUGGACGUAACUGGCUUGCUAAUCCAAGAGAGGCCCGGGCAUCGCUUGUUUUAGGACAGGUCGACUAUGGCUUUACGUGGUUUGACGGUCGCGCCUGUUGGCAGCUUAUGGCAUCUGUGCUAUUGGUAGGUGGAACUAGUGCUGGAGCUUUUGUUCUGUCAUUCAACACUCCAACUGUUGGUCUGGGAUGCCGCACUGGUGGAUAUCUAAUCUUCUUCGCCGUUGCAUUGACAUUACUAGUGGCUGAGAUGCUCGUGUGGUGGCUCACUUCACCGCUGCGCAAGCGCGGCCGCUUCAUCGAGCAUCUUGACAGAUAUACGCGCCGCGCACACAGAGAACCCUGGUGUGGACCGAAAAGACCAACGUUUGAAGGAUUGGUGGCGUCGAGUGCCACUUUGACAAGAUGUUUGCAGGCAAUGGAAGAGUUCAUCGUACACACUGUCUUAACACUCAUCCGCCUCUUUCCCUUCUCCCAUAAAGCAUCAAAACUUGAAACCGCAGAAACUGCAUUACGCACUCAUUUCGAGAUUCUCAGACACCUCACCACCAGGAACUGGCUACAACGCGUCAUUUUCACACCUCUCGAGUUAGGCAACAUGAUCUGGCUCUGCUACCUCCUCACUGCACAGACCAUCGGCGCCUUCAACAACUGCACGUGUCUGUCGAGUAUAUGGGGUGGAUUUGGAGGUUAUCUUGACUUUGAAACUGUGAGCUCGGUGAAAAGUCCAUCUGUUGAAAAGUAUUGGCAAAUGGGCACGAUCAUUACUUGCACGACAAUGGGAUUGGGUAUGGCAUAUAUUGUGUUGGAGUGGCUCCUCCAAGCCCAUCUUAGUACGGAAGAUUACAAAGACGCCGCGAGAGGGCUUGUUCGCGUCCGGCGUUUCCGUCGUUACACCUAUUGGAUCCGCUACCCAUCCUCGCUGCUCGUCGUCAUCAUCAACAACUCGCUCUCCGCGAUGCGCGUUCGCAAGUCUAGUGAACGCAAGGUGCUCGUGUGGAGCAAAGAGACAAAGUACCGACCCACAGUCGGGCAAACUAUCAUGAGUUUAGCUACGGAUGCGCAGAAUUUACCUUUCCAAGGUGUUGUAGAGGCGAGCGUGCGACAUGAUGAGAACGGAGAUGCUGAACAUGGAGCGAGUGAGAGGGGGCAAGUAUGUUGUGUGUGUAAAAAAGAGAAGAGAUCAGUGGAGAAAGCUAGGGCUUGGGAUGAGGAGAUUGGAGAGUGUAGGAGGUAG